GACAUUGGAGGAUGUGAUAUCCAAAAACAAGAAAUUCGGGAGGCAGUUGAGCUACCAUUGACACACCACGAAUUGUACAAGCAGAUUGGUAUUGAUCCACCAAGAGGGGUGCUGCUCUAUGGUCCUCCAGGCACUGGCAAGACCAUGCUUGCUAAAGCUGUGGCACAUCACACUACUGCUGCUUUUAUCAGAGUGGUUGGUUCAGAGUUUGUGCAGAAGUACUUGGGUGAGGGCCCAAGGAUGGUUCGAGAUGUAUUCCGCUUAGCUAAAGAGAAUGCCCCGGCUAUAAUAUUCAUUGAUGAGGUUGAUGCUAUAGCCACUGCUCGAUUCGAUGCUCAGACCGGGGCUGACCGAGAAGUUCAGCGUAUUCUGAUGGAGCUACUGAAUCAGAUGGAUGGAUUUGAUCAAACAGUGAAUGUGAAGGUUAUAAUGGCAACCAAUCGGGCAGAUACUCUAGAUCCUGCUCUGUUGCGUCCAGGAAGACUGGACAGGAAAAUCGAGUUCCCCCUGCCGGACCGGAGGCAGAAGAGGCUUGUUUUCCAAGUUUGUACUGCUAAGAUGAACUUGAGUGACGAGGUUGAUUUGGAAGAUUAUGUCUCCAGACCUGAUAAAAUCAGUGCUGCUGAUAUCACUGCUAUUUGCCAGGAAGCUGGCAUGCAUGCUGUCCGCAAAAAUCGCUAUGUUAUCCUCCCCAAGGACUUCGAAAAGGGUUACCGAACCAACGUCAAGAAGCCUGAGACAGACUUUGACUUCUACAAAUGAGGCAACAAACUGUUAAGAGGAUGCUUUAUUUCCUACGGGCGACAUGAUUAACAGUCUAGAUGAAUUUGUGGAUAGUCGCCUGAUAGUAAUAUCCUUGUAUCUCGGUGCUCCUGUAGUUUGCACGUUCAGUCUCACCAGUGUUGUUAAGCUACUUGUCUGUACAAUUCCUUCCUAAAGUUUCGCUUGACCAGUUUGUGCUUGUGGAGGCUGUAAUUGUCUUCCAAAGGAGAACCGAGUACCCCCUUUUCGUUCUUAAAAUUUAAAGUGCAUUAAUCUUUUUGAA